AAAGCGCUCAUUUUUGCUUGUAAAUAACUAAAUAUGAGCUCAAUAGUGGCGUAUUGUGUGGACUGUGAUGUGGGGGUUUAUUGCGUUUGUGGGCUUUGUUUAGCGAAAUCUAUGGCUUUUGGGUAUUUUUUUUUUAAAUGAAGGCAUACGUAUAUAAGGGAAUACUUGAUUUAUAAGUAUAUGAGUGAAAACACUGUGUUUUGGGCACAAUCGAGAUGAUUUCGUGUGGCGAAAUUGUGUCCGGAUGAAGUUCGUGGUCGCUCUUCAAUUAUUCAUGUCGCUUCAACCGCGACCAAAUACCGCUUUGUUUGGACUGGAUUUAUAACUUAAUUCUUAAAACAUGUUAACUCUUUAUAUCGUUAAAUGCAUUUUCUUUGGCAACCAAUGGCCAGCAAUGAAAUUUAGCCCUAAAAAUCAGUACUAAAAUUUUCACACGCUUCGCGAAAUGGGCACUUAUUUUUUACCGCGUACAAGCCGAACUCUUUUAAAAGGCCAUUUAGGUCAAAUUCCAAGGCGAUUUUUCAUGACAAGGCGAUUUGAAAUUGGACUGUCUUGAUUUGCUUCUUCAAAAUGGAUGCCAGAGCGUUGACUACGAAACAAAUAUCAGAAUUGAUGAAUAGGCGACUUCCCUCAGAAAUGUCCAGCUCGAGAGAGUCAAAAUCAGAGUUUAUCGUCGGUAGCAAAUAUCGCUUGGUAAGGAAGAUUGGUAGCGGUUCCUUUGGGGACAUUUAUUUGGCAACAAAUAUAACGAACACAGAGGAAGUUGCGGUGAAGUUGGAGUCGUCUAAGGCUCGUCAUCCACAACUACUUUAUGAAUCAAAGUUGUACAAGAUCCUUCAAGGUGGCGUGGGAAUCCCACACAUCAGGUGGUAUGGACAAGAAAAAGACUACAAUAUUCUAGUCAUGGACUUAUUAGGACCGAGUUUGGAAGAUUUGUUUAAUUUUUGCUCGCGCAGAUUCACCAUGAAAACUGUUUUGAUGCUUGCAGAUCAGAUGAUUGGUAGAAUAGAAUACGUGCACAACAAGAACUUCAUUCACAGGGACAUUAAGCCGGAUAAUUUUCUAAUGGGAAUCGGGAAGCAUUGUAAUAAAUUGUUUUUAAUUGAUUUUGGUUUGGCCAAAAAAUAUCGAGAUAGUAGAACCAAGCAACACAUUGUAUAUAGAGAGGACAAGAAUUUGACUGGCACCGCAAGAUAUGCAAGUAUCAACGCCCAUCUAGGGAUUGAACAAUCAAGACGGGAUGAUAUGGAAUCACUGGGCUAUGUCUUGAUGUACUUCAACAGAACGAGCUUACCCUGGCAAGGACUAAAGGCUGCGACAAAGAAACAGAAAUACGAAAAAAUUAGUGAAAAGAAGAUGUCAACUCCUGUAGAGGUCCUUUGUAAAGGUUUUCCUGCCGAAUUUGCAAUGUACUUGAAUUACUGCCGUGGUCUGCGGUUUGAAGAGGCACCAGACUACAUGUACCUUAGGCAACUAUUUCGAAUUCUGUUCCGCACAUUGAACCAUCAAUACGACUACGUGUUUGAUUGGACGUUGCUGAAACAGAAAGCAGCACAACAGGCCUCGAGUUCCAGCACCGCGGCAGCCACGACGGGCACUGGUGCCAAGAGGCAUGAACGAGAGCCGAAGACGAGAGGUCGCUAGAUUGUGGUCGACGGUUGACAAGUUUCUAUGUUUUCACGAAAUAAAAUCGCCCGCCAUAUCGUCGCUCUACGAAUUUGAUGAAUUCCUGAAAUGUUUCUUUUUGUGGCCAACAACACAGAAAACCCAGAAAUACUCUUGUAGCAGUUCUUUUUUGAAUCACAACAAGUUUUGGUUUGCACGGGCCAUCACUACGGUUGGAUUGUUUUUAAUCAGUAACCUGGACUUCACAUUAUAUAUCUAUACUGUUCAUACGUCGUAAUAUAAAGUAGUAGCCAUUAAUCUACACGUAGAUAUACAUUUUAUAUUUUAAGUACGGAACACACCGUGGGAGGGAGGGGUCAUGCAUGUUUUGUUCUCGUCCAUUUUGCACCAAGUUCUGGUUGGUUAGCGCACCUCACGUUACCCCGCGUCUCUAGCUCCUCAACACAAUCCCCCGCCCUGCCAAUACCGCGCAGUUAUUAGAGAAUGUUCAAAACCUGAUUUCAGUGCAUGUUAUUUCAAGUUGUUUACGAAGAGUCUUCGUGUGUGUGUACAUCUUUGUUAACAUACACUGAGAUCCAAUUUAGCUAGAGAUUCGCUCAAUACAUGAAGAACAACACUGUAGUUCUGAAUCGUAGCUUUAGAGUUAUAUCGAUUCAAAACUACACUGUCUACCGUUUAACGUUUCCCCUGAACUGCAUUGAAUAAGUUCCGUCCAACUAAUAAUUUAAUCAAUAUAACGAUAGUAAAGAUUCGAAAUAUAUGCACUCAUCUUUUCUUAACCCUGGUGGUGUGGAAUGCGAUUUGAACAAGUGCAUAUACAAGAGUAUUUACUAGACAAUUGCUCGCGGUAUUUUGCUUUGAGACUUAGGUGGAUGGUAGUUAAAAAUAUUACCGUUGUGACAAGGUGUUUACGCCUUUUAUGCAGAUGAUAGAAGUGUCAAAAUGUUCCCAAACCAUAGUUGUAAAAAUUCUGUAUAUUUUGUUUCUUAAUGUUGAGCCUUCGGUUUGAUUCGGGCCUGCAUUGUUUGGUGAUGAUCACCUGCAAAUUCUGUACGUAAUAUGUCAAAACUCUCCGUUCCUUGUACCAUAGAGAUUAAAUAUACUAAAUAGGACAAUACAUAUUGGUUGUAAACUA